GGUAGAUACAUUUGCGCAUAUCCUAAGCUCAUCUGAACGUCACCACACUAUGUAACUGUGAUGGGGUCGGAGGAGGGUUUUGUCGUCCUUUAUGGAUCGCAUACUGGACAGGCAGAAUCGAUCGCUAAACAUAUAAAGGAAAGUGCUGAACUGCUUGGACUUCGGCCACGUUUAUACGCCUUGGAUGAAAAUGAGCGACAGUACCACAUCGAGCGAGAAUCGCUUGCGGUGGUCGUCGUUUCGUCCACUGGUGAUGGCGAUGCACCGGAAAAUGCUGCUCGUUUUGUUCGGCGUUUGUCAAGGAAAAGCUUGGAAAAAAAUUUUCUCGAGAAUUUGGACUAUGCCUUACUUGGUUUGGGCGAUUCCAAUUACUCCACAUUUCAAGGAGUGCCCAAGAAGGUUGACAAACUAUUCAAGGAUCUUGGUGCCUCUCCGAUAGUCGAAACUGGACAUGCCGAUGAUCAAGAGGGGCUUGAACGGGUAGUUGAGCCGUGGAUAGAACGGCUAUUCCAAGCGCUGUUGAAGCGUUAUGAUCUCAGCGAAAGCGUAUUAUCAAGACUAACCUCGAAGAUUGCCAUAGCAGAAAAGAAGGAUGCAACCAUAGAAGAAAAGAAGGGUAGAGAAGAAAUGGUUGAUGUCACGAAAAGUUUCAUAGAGGAGUCUUCGGAGCCGAUGCUGAUUGCAGAUCCAUACGAUUACCCUGAAGUAUCCUUGAUCAGAGGCAACUCGAAGCUGUCCAGCGAUGCUGCUCUACGUGUACCCGUACCUCCACAAGAGUAUCUCGUCAUGUCUGUAACCCAUGAAAAGUUAAAACUCGACCAUAGACUUCCUUGGCAGAACCAAGCUAAAAUGGUUGGAGUUGCUAGUGCUCCUUACGAUGUUACUGUGACUGGCACCGCGAUUUUGACGGACUUCGAUGUCAAAAAACCUAAAUAUGAAUUAGUUAUCGAUUUGGGAGCGCACUUCGAUGUGCUACACUAUGAGCCUGGUGACGCAUUCUACUUUGUCUUUCCGAAUCCCACACCAGAAGUGAACUUUGUUCUUCACAGGAUGGGUGUUCUUCCUAUUGCUGAUCAGCUAUGCACCGUAUCCUUGAUGCCCUCCACGAAGAAGCUCAAUCCUGUUUUGCCGCCUCACAUUCCACCGAAGAGUUCCCUCCGCCAUCUAUUUACGCACUGUCUGGAUAUCAGAAGAACACCUGGACGACCAGUACUUCGAGCUUUGGCGGAAAGUGCCUCAAAUGAACAGGAAAAACGUCGACUGCUAGAGCUUACCAGUGCCCAGGGUUUGAACGAGUUUAACGAUUUUGUUAGACAACCUGGGAUCUCCUUGACUGAUAUCUUGUUUGCAUUUCCAAGCGUGAAACCACUCCCCGAUAGAUUAAUUGAGCUUCUUCCCCGUUUAAUCCCGCGCUCAUACAGCGUGUCAUCAUAUCGCGGCCGACGAGUUCGAUUUAUCUACUCAGUCAUGGAUUUUCCUGCAAAGAAUGGACGAAGGUAUCCUCGCAAGGGAUUGGCUACGGAAUGGCUACUUUCAUUGAAAGUUGGCGAUACGAUACAAAUAAUGCAAAAAGAGCCAGCUCGCUUUCGAUUACCACCUCCUCCCUUACCAUCUUCAGAAGCAGCGCGAAUUCCUCUGCUCAUGAUCGGACCCGGCACUGGAGUAUCAGUGUUUCUUGCUUUUUGUCAAUACUUAUUAAAGGAAAAAUUACGCAGUCCAGAAAGCUUUCCUAAGGUUCCACGAUUUUUGUACUUUGGAUGCCGAGACCUCAACAGGGAUUCUUUGUACCUAGAAGAAUUGACGUCGUAUGUCCGCGAAGGGGUUCUAACAGAACUGGUACUUUGUGAAAGCGAGGGGCAACAAGGCCGACCUAAAUAUGUGCAGGAUGCUCUAAAGCAGAGGGCUGAGAAGAUCUGCAACUUCAUCUCCGAAAACUCUUUCGAGGUGCCCUCUCGAGUGUAUAUAAGUGGUGAUGCAAAAGGAAUGUCUAAGGGAGUAUGGCAGUGCUUCCAUGAUAUUAUCAAGGAAGUAAUGGGCAAGUCAGAUGCAGAAACGAAGGCUUACCUCUCGGAAAUGCAUAAGGCCGAUCGUUAUGUCGAAGAUGUAUGGUCAUGAACGGCAAGCUUCACUUAUGAUGAACUAAUUGUUAUUUGUUACACAUUGUUAUAUCUUUUAUUGUUAUACCUUUUGUAAAGAAAUUUUAAUGUUUACUGCAGAUAGAGCGAUAAUUGGGAUCGUUCCUGAAAAUAGUCGUUCAAAUCUAUUUCAUGCAUUCAAGACAUGCAAGGAAAAUAAUCGCAUAGGUAGAAAAACAAAAUUGAGCUUGCUUGUACCUAUGUACACUUCAACAAUCAAAAUCAACAAUAGAUCUGGAAAGUUGAUCUUCUUCAUUCUAUCAGAAAUUUAUUAUCCUCGACUGAAGUAAACUUUUGAUCCACC